AUGAUAUCCCUCCACUCCGCCCCGCGGUUCACGGUCUUGAUAAAGCUCGAGCCCGGCUGGAGGCGGCGGCUCGCGCUGCCGCAGUACGCCGUCCUACGGCGGCCGGCGACGAGGAGCGUCCGCGCGGCGGCGGUGGCCGAGUCCGUCGGCGCCGAGCUCCGCCGGCUCGCGCGCGACGUAGUGGCCGGCGACGACGAUGACCGGCUGCUCAACUACGAGACCCUCCUCGUCGACCGCUUCCUGGACAUCCUGCAGGAGCUGCACGGCAUCAACUUCAGACGAGUGGCUGAGGAGUGCCUGAGGGUGUCCGGGGAGUACCAGCGCGACGGGGGCGACCAGGCGGCGAGGCUGGCCCAGCUGGGGGCGCUCUUCACCAGCCUCGACGUCGGCGACGCCAUCACGCUCACCAGCUCCUUCUCCCACAUGCUCAACCUGGCCAACCUCGCCGAGGAGGUCCAGAUGGUGCGCCAGAAGAAGAUGGAGGCCAGCUGCCGCGGCAGCUUCGCCGAUGAGGGCUCCGCGCCCACCGAGUCCGACAUCGACGAGACCAUCCAGCGGCUCGUGCACGGGCUCGGCAAGAUGCCCCGGGAGGUGUUCGACGCGCUCAGGACACAGACCACCGACCUCGUCUUCACCGCGCACCCCACACAGUCCGUCAGGAGGUCGCUUCUCGAGAAGCACGCCAGGUAA